AUGAGGCUCGACGCUACCGACUUGCGGUACAUUACCCCCGAUGAGUUCCGUGUGCUUACAGCCACCGAGAUGGGCUCGAAGAACCACGAAGUCGUCCCGUCGCCGCUCAUCGCCGAGCUGUCCGGUAUCCGCGGCGGACAGGUCAACAAGCUCUGUGGUCAGCUCGCCAAGCGCAACUUGAUCGCGCGUGUCCAGAACGCCAGCUACGACGGAUACCGCCUGACCUACGGUGGACUGGAUUACCUCGCGCUGAGGACGUUUGCCAAGCGCAAGCCGUCGAGUGUGGCCCAGGUCGGCAAGAAGGUCGGCGUCGGAAAGGAGAGUGAUAUCUACCUCGUGAGGGACGAUGAGGGCGAGAAGAGGAUUUUGAAGCUGCAUCGUCUCGGUCGUAUCUCCUUCCGUGCUAUCAAGUCGAAGCGCGACUAUCUCGGCAAGCGCUCGUCGGCGUCGUGGAUGUACAUGUCGCGCCUCUCCGCCCAGAAGGAGUUUGCGUACAUGAAGGUCCUGUACGACAACGACUUCCCCGUGCCCACACCCAUUGACCAGGCGCGCCACUGCAUCGUCAUGUCGCUCAUUGACGCCGACAAUCUGCGCGCCGUCAUGUCCGUCCCCGACCCCGCCGAGCUGUACGGCCAGCUCAUGGAGCUGAUCAUGCGUUUCGCCCGUGCCGGUCUCAUCCACGGCGACUUUAACGAGUUCAACAUCAUGAUCAAGCGCAAGUCGUACGAGCCCAUCGUGCUCGACUUCCCGCAGAUGGUGUCGACGCGCCACGAGAAUGCUGAGUUCUUCUUCAACCGCGACGUCAACUGUAUCCGCCGCUUCUUCCUCAAGCGAUUCCGCUUUGAGGGCCUGGUCUGGCCCGUGUGGCAGGACGUCCUGGACGAGGAGGCCGAGUACGAGCAGAUUGAGCGCGCCGAAAAGGCCAAGAAGGCCGCUGCCAAGCGCGCUGCCGAGAAGGCAGAGAGGCGUGCGGCGGGCGAGGAGGUUUCCGAGGACGAGGCUGAGGCGGAGGCGGAGGCUUCGGAGGUUACCGACGACGUCGACGCCGAGUCUGAGGCGGAGAGCUCAUCGGCUCCCGCGAAGCGCUUGAGGCUGGACCUCGAGGUCGAGGCGAGUGGCUUCAACCGCGCGAUGGAGAAGCAGCUCAUGGACUACAUGGAGCAGGUCGGUGUUAUUCCCGACGGUGACCGUUCGGACAACGACGAGGAGAGCGAAGACGAGGACUCUGAAGAGGACUCUGACGAGGAGGAGGAGGAGGACGAGGAGGCCGAGAAGGAGGCACCAGCACCGCUCGACCCCGAGGCGGAGGCUGCGGCCGCAGCGGCCCGCCUCGCCGCCGUCCGCCUGCACCAGGCUCUGGGCAACGACGGCAACCCCGAGGACCCGCUCCCGACCGUGUCCGACGACGAGGACUAUUACUCUUCGUCGUCUGAAUCCUCGUCUUCGGCCAACUCUGACGGCCCCGCUCCCUCGGACUACACCCAAUACGUGCGCCAGCCCAAGCCCCGUCCCCUGAGGAUGCAGGUCGCCAAGCUCGGUGCCGUCGACGAGCGGGCCGAGCUCAAGAAUAUUGUGGCCGGCGACCUCCAGAGGCAGAGGCGUGGCGCUGCCAAGCACUCGGGCAGCAGGACCAAGCUCGGAAACGCAAAGGGACACAAGUGGAAGAACAGCGCGGACCACAUCACGGGACAGAAGGGUAACUCGGGCUGGGACUAG